AUGGCAGGCAUACCAGCAUCUGCACCGCUAGCAAACGUUGGCAUGCCGGGCAUCGGGAGACCAGCCGUGGCAGCUGGUGCAGUCACAAUUGCGACGGUGGCUGAAGAGAACAAACGCAAGCGCAAGCUGGAGGCAUUGUCACCGGACGUGACAGAUGCUGAGCUGGGAGAUGCUGUUUUUCGUGAAGCUGCGGCAGUGGCACAACUACUGCCAGCACCGGCAGUGGCACAUCUGCCAGCAGGAGCAGCGGGGCCCCCGCCAUGGUUUGCGGGAGCCGUUGCGGGAGCAGUUGCGGCAGCAAAUGCGCCCUUGUUGGCAGCACAGGCAAACCAUCGCCGUUACGCCAGAAAUGCAGCUGCCUUGCUCCGAUCUGCAACAGGUGGAGAAGGUGAACAGCUCCAACUCGUCGCGAAAGAGAACGUGGGCUUUGGCCCCGUCCCUCCUGCAUUUGCCGCCGCAUUCCCGGCAGUGCCACCGGUGCCAGGACCAGCGGCAUUCCCGCCAGCACAGCUGCCACAGCACAUUACCACGACCGUGGGCAUCACCCAAGCGCAAAUCGCCGCCUUCGCUGCUUGGUACAACGACGACUUUGGAAUUGUUCCAGCGGAUACAGUGCCAGAGAGGAGGAAGAAAUUCCACGAAUUCCUGGCAGGACGCUGA